AUGGGAGACAGUAAAAGUGGAUGGGCUUGGAUAAAUUCGCUCUUAGGAAGAAAGCAUAAGAAUGCAAAUAUUAAUGAACUGAAAGUAAAUGAUGAUAUUAUUUCUGAUGAUAAAUCUAUUACUGAAACAUUAACUGAAUAUUUUAUAAAUAUUGGAAUGAAGAUGGCUGCUGAAUCAGCAUGUCAAAGCACUGAUGCUUUAAAUGAUCAAGUAAUUUAUGAAAGUACUGUGCUUCUUCCUAAAGAAAAUUUUCACUUCGCAGAUAUUACUAUAGAUAGUGUUUCCAAGCGCCUACAAAAACUAAAUGUCUCAAAAGCGACAGGUAUGGAUGGAAUACCUGCGAAUAUUUUAAAACUGACAUCAACCCUUAUUGCUCCAUCUAUAACUUUUAUAUUUAACCUAUCGAUUAGAACUGGUAUUUAUAUAGAUGAGUGGAAAUUGGCUAGAGUUAUACCAAUUUACAAAUCUGAGGAUAAGCGUAAAUGCGAAAAUUAUAGACCAAUUUCAAUUCUUCCCAUAAUAAGUAAAAUAUUUGAAGGGGAAGUUUUACUCAAAUAUAUAGCUUUUUGAAUAAACAUGCGCUUCUGUCUAAAUUUCAAUCCGGGUUUAGACCAAAACAUGGAACCUUAGGUGCUCUUAUACAAAUGUGUGAUCAAUGGCUACAAGACAUGGAUGAAGGCAAAAUAAAUGGAGUUGUUUUUCUUGAUAUAUGUAAAGCAUUUGACUCGGUGAAUCACGAGAUAUUAUUGGAGAAGCUUAAAACCCAGUUUGGAAUUCACGACAUUGAAUUAAAAUGGUUCCAAUCAUACUUAAGGAAUAGAAAGCAAGUGUGUUCUGUUAAUGAUCAAACUUCUUCUGCAAGAACAAUAAUAUGCGGAAUUCCGCAAGGAUCCAUACUUGGUCCAUUAUUGUUUUUGCUAUAUAUUAAUGAUAUGCCUGAUAUUCUAGAAAGGACAACCCCAUGUCUUUAUGCCGACGACACUCAGAUAUCUUCCUCUUCGCAUGAUUACGAUACAUUGAUUGACAAUUUGAAUAUGGACCUUUCCAGUAUUCAUAAAUGGCUUGCUAAAAACAAACUAAAAUAUCAUAGGAAAAAACAAAAGUCAUGUUUAUUGGAUCUACGCAUAAUCUAA